AUGGUAGACUGGUUUUUUGUAGACCAAACCAUUGCGCAACUCGGAUUCUAUUUAACGACAACCUCACAGUUUACAUUGAUCUUUCUCACACCGUUCUUUGUGAGGAAAGAUUUGGGUGCUUACAAGCAUCUGAUUCUCCUGUUUUCAAUAUUGGGAAUUGCCUUCGCAAGUUUGGAAUUUGUCUUGUACCCUGUUCUUCAUUCUCAUAAUGCUGGCUACGUAUUUUUUACAACCAAUCGUCCCUUACGCGUUUCCAACUUCAUUCUGACGAUUCUUCUCGCGGUUUACACAGGAUUAUACUCAUUUACAAUUUCUCUACUCGCUGUCCAGUUCAUUUACCGAUUCAUUGCAGUGUUUCAUCCAAAAGAUCUCAAGUAUUUUAACGGAUGGUAUUUCUUGCUGUCGGUCUUAUACGCAUUAUGGUUUGGAUUUCAAUGGGCAAUCGGUCUAUACAAACUGAAUGAAGUUGAUCAAUACUCAUUAGAGUACAUGCGUCAAGUAUUGGUUGAUGUUUACGAUGUGGACAUCUCUCAAGUCCCAUGUGUAAUUCAUGUAGUAUAUCAAAAUGUUGCAAACUCCACUCAUUCAUUGAUUCGUUGGCGGAAUGUCAUGUGCACGUUCAAUAUGGCUUUCAUCAUGAUUGUACAAUAUGGAGUCAUGAUUUACUGCGGAUCACGUUUGUACGCUGAAAUGGAGGAAAAGUUGAGCAUGCUGUCGCCACAGGCCCGGAAACUUCACAGACAAAUAUUCAAGACCUUGCUGCUUCAAAUAACAACGCCAACAAUUGUGCUGUUCUCCCCGAUCAUCUAUGUCAUCACCGUGCCAUAUCUCGAUCAGGAACUCAGUGUUCCUACAGGAGUAUUUCUGUCCGGAUUCACCCUUUACCCAGCUCUCGACGCUUUCAUUCUCAUGUAUGUUAUCACAGAUUAUCGAAGAGCAUUUCAAUGUGUUGUGACGAGAGCGAGUAGAUCUACUUGAUCUGGAACGCCUUUCCUUUCCGUUUUAUAAUUGUAUUUAUAUUGUACUGAUUUAUUUUCCUAGUGUAUUGAUAUUUAGUUUUAGAUUUCCGCUCACAAUAUUUGUUUGUAUUUGUUCCUGGUUCCAAUUCUAAAAAGCAAAAAUAGU